AACAUGUGGCAAUUUAAAUUAUGUCCGGAAAAUGGGUGUGUUAAGUGUAGCCACUGCCCAGAAUCUAACAUGACUGCGACAUCAACUUCUUCACUUCAAUGUGGGCUUUGUUAAAUGUUGUAGGAUAAUAAAUGCUCCCAUUCUUAUAUCCGUUGAAGAAAUAUAAAGUAAUUGUUGUACCAGUAACCUAUCAUUCAAUUCUCAAAUGUUUUAAACAAUGUAUUGUUGUAAUGUUUAGUACGCCAUAUCUCAUUUUUGCUUUAUUGGGUGUUGAUAGCUUACGACAGAAGGAGGCCCUUCAUCAGUGGUGAAGAAAAUGGUGAAGAAUGACCAUAAGAGAGAGUGGAGAUUGCUGGUCUGAGCCACUGAGGUGGUGUACUUUGGAGUUGUUGGUGCUUUUACCAGUGGAGAUAUGGUGUUUGUGAAAAUGGGUGAAUGGAGAGGUUUUCUGUCGAAUCUGUUUUCAGGAAGGAAAUGUUCAUAGUGGUGUAUUUCAACGGAGAAGAUGGUGAUUUAGGUGGAAGGCUAUUGUGCAGAGUGUGUGUUAGCCUUUACUUUGUUAGCCAGAUGAUUUUGAAAACCAGCUACUUGUCCUUUGAAGCAGACAUUACUGGGACAUUAAAAUAAUGUUAUAAUUCCAUUUUCUCUUGCACAAACUCCAGGUUAUGCCAGGGAAUCCAUUGAUUCACUUUAUGGAACACUUCCGUUCUUGCAAGCUUUCCUUGAGGAUACGGGAAACAAGAUCAGUGAUCAAGAAGCACUGAAGUUUUUGGAAGAAAAGAUUAGAGAUGCAGGUAAUAAAGCAGAAGAUGCAAUUGAUUUGUGCCUAAGAAGAAUCCAUGUGGCUGAUACUGAGCACGACCUGCACAAUGCUCGUUGUAAGCUUUAUGACGAGUUGCAGAAAAUGAUAGAAGUAAUGAACUCCAUACAAGGAGAGGUGAUGAAGUUCAAGAAUGUCCACAAUUUUAUCAAAGAUCUGCAAGGAACAUCUUCUUUACCUCUCCGCUCAGCUGUGUGUUCUUAGACGAAGAAUAUACUCUUGUUGGGAUGGAGGAUGAUUUCAACAUCAUAACAGAUCAACUCUUCGGUAAAACACCAGAGCUAAAUGUUGUCUCAAUUGUCGGUAUGGGCGGCAUUGGUAAGUCUACUCUUGCUAGAAGAAUUUUUAAUGAUGCAUUAAUAUCGCGACGCUUUGAUGUUUCUUCAUGGGUUACUGUCUCCAAAGAAUAUGAUGCAAAAGAAAUGCUUUUAGAUGUUUUAUGCUUCAGUUCUCCAAGUGCGAAGGCAAUGUACUGCAAUAUGAGCGAAGACGAAUUAUUAGACCAAGUGCACAGAAAAUUGAAAUUCAAGAGGUAUUUGAUAGUUUUGGAUGAUAUAUGGAGUAUCGAGGCCUGGGACCUAGUCAGAAGAUCUUUUCCCGAUGAUGAAAAUGGAAGUCGAAUCAUGAUAACUACCAGGCUCUUAGAAGUAGCUGAUUCUGCUGGUAAUGGUUGGCUUCCUCAUCACAUAUCUUUCCUUAAUCUUGAAGAUAGCUGGAAGUUAUUGUCUUCCAAGGUGUUUGGAAAUGACGAUUGUCCUCCUCAGCUGGGGGAAGUAGGAAGACAGAUAGCAAAACAAUGUAAAGGGCUACCUCUCUCAGUUGUUGUCAUUGCUGGGCUUCUGUCGAAAAUCAAUAGGACAUAUGAUGAUUGGAAACAAGUUGCUGAUAAUGUGAAUUCUCAUUUAGGUUCAACCUCUGAGCAGUGUUUAGCAAUAUUAGCUUUGAGUUACAACUACUUGCCGUGUAGCUUGAAAGCUUGCUUUCUUUAUAUGGGAGCUUACCUUGAAGAUGCAGAAAUUCCUACAGAUCAGCUGAUUAGAAUUUGGGUAGCUGAGGGUUUUCUGAAAACAAUUAGUCAUAAAAAGCCGGAAGAGGUGGCAGAAGAGUGCUUAGAUGAUUUAGUUAGCAGAAGUUUGAUUAUGGUUAGUACUCGAGGCAGGGUAAGUGGCAAAAUCAGAACCUGCAGAAUUCAUGACCUUCUUCGACUAUUAUGCUUGAAAGAAGGAAAAGCUGAGAAGCUUUUUCAUGUAAUAAAUAAUUGUGACAAAGUGGUCUCAGAAGGCGUGGAGAUUGAACAUCGACUAUUUUUGCAUGUAGAUGCUAGACGAAGACUGAAUCUUCGCCUGGAGAAAGGCAAUUUGGAUUCAGUUCGUACCAUCUUAUGCAUCUACCUACUGUAUACUUUUCGUCUCAACUCUACAUGGUACAAAAUAGUAGAUCCUCGUUUUAAACUGCUAAGGGUAUUGGACAUACUAAAGCUUCAGUUUAGAUGUUAACCCCCUGAGAUAACACAAUUAGUACACUUGAGAUAUCUUUCUUUUACCACCGGUACAAACAUUCCGGCAUCAAUAUCUAAUUUGUGGAAUCUACAAACGUUGAUUGUUAAUCCACUUGAAUACUAUAAAUUAUCCCGGCCAUUGGAAAUUUGGAAGAUGUCAAGUCUAAGACAUUUCUGUUCUGGGGGAAUAAGUAUGCCUGCUCCUCCAAAGGCAAAAAAAUUCUUGCGUCUAGAAAACAUAAACGAGCUUUCACUAAACACUGUCUCGUCCAACUGGAAGGAAAUCUUUAUGGCAGUUCCUAACGUAAAGGUAUUGGAUGCUGUGAUCAAUCUAGAUCCUAAUGGAUUGAAUAAUUUCUUGGAUAGUCUCAUCUGUCUAGCUGAUCUCCAGAAGUUAAGAAUUCAUCUAGCAGUUCCGCCUGAUGUACGAUUUUUUCAAAGGUUGUCAGCUCCACUAUGGGACGGGUUGCCAACAAACCUCAAGAGUUUGACACUUGAUGGGACAUAUCUACUAUGGACGGAAAUGACUAUGCUUAGUAACUUACCAAAACUUGAGGUGCUCAAGCUAAAAUAUUAUGCGUUUCAAGGAAGCAAUUGGAAUCUAGAUGAAGGGGGUUUCAAGAAUCUCAAGUUGCUAGCCAUUUAUAUGACAAACUUGGUGCACUGGUAUACAGCCAGUGAUAGUCUUCCAAGCCUUGAGUAUCUAGUCCUAAGUCAUUGUUAUAAGUUGAAGGAGAUUCCUACAGAGAUUGGGGAUAUUCCCACAUUAAAAUUAAUUGAGUUGCAUUACUGUAGCGAGGCUGCUGUCACUUCUGCAGAGGAAAUUCUAGAUGAGCAACAAAGCUUUGGAAAUGAAGUGCUUGCUGUCCGUGCCUUCUAUACCGGAGGUACAUAAAUAUUGGGAAAAGAUCCCCUCCAGUAACUCUUGGUCCAAUAAUGUUCAAUAAUUGCUUAAGAUUAGGACAAGUCAUCAAAAUAAAAUCCAACGGCUGUAAUUUAGCCUCUCUUCACUUCUGGGUAACAAAAGUAGUCCGUCGUGUCUACUGUUUCUUCUUACUUUCUGGUUUCUAUUGCUCUCAUAUUUCGUAUUUAUUUGCAUAAGUUUUAUAUAUGCAACUAACAUUUGAAUACGCUCUACAAAAAUUGGUAGGGACGAAGGAAUCUAAUUUUUUGGUUUUGGUGGGAAUAGUUUUACUAUUAGACUCAUAGUUCAAAAGGCUUGUCUCAUACCUGCUGUUUUCUUCUCUAUUGCCUUUUUCUUCGACCUCCAAACAGUUCAAGGGUUUGAAACGGGCAACCAGCUGGUCCUCUAAAAGACUUUCUGUCUCUCUUUCUUUUUAACUUCUUGGUUUGAGUUCUAAAUCCAUUUUAUCAUCUGAUGUAAUAUACUCGUUUUGAGUUGGAUAUGAUGGCAAAUGGAAAGGCAAUAGCUUCCAUAAGUUUGUUGAAAAAGACGAGGAAGAACAAAACUGACGGACGUUAAGCUGGGUUUUCUCAUGAACAAAUUACAUCGGCUGGAUUUUAUUUUGAUGAUGUGUCCUAAUCUUUAGCAAUUAUUGAACAUCACUGGACCAAGAGUUACUGGAGCGGAUCCUUUCCCAUAAAUAUCAGGAGCUCAAGCGACUUUUACUAUGUUCUUUUUUUUCUUUUUGCAUUGUCUUUUCCAAUCUUAUGAUUUACUGGUUUGCCAC